ACAGAAUUUCAACUCAGCGAUCUACAACAUUGUGCAAGUGUCCGCAGAGAGGUGUAAGACCCUACUUUCUGAGCGACAUCUUUGAAAUGGCCGGUCCGGGUCAUCCAUUCCAUUUAGAAUCCUUACGAUAUCUCCCGAUGGCAAUGUGGUACUCGCUCUCAUUGUAUACAUAUGGAGAUCUUGUCCCACAAUCAGGACUUGACCUCGGGGACACAUAUAGAGCACUUUUUUGGGGGGUCAUCCUUUCAGCACUUCUAUUCGGUCUAACCAACGUUCAAGCUUGUAUAUACUUUCAGACGCACACGAGCAAAGGGGUCGUCAUCUGGCUUUGGACACUUGAUGCUCUGCACCUGGCGUUUAGCAUCCAUUACGUCUAUUAUUAUUUGGUAAGUAACUACGCGAACGUCAUUGCGCUCACAGAAGUUGUAUGGAGUUUCAAACUUCAGGCACUAUUAAACGUUCUCAUCAUUUCUGGAGUACAUCUUCUGUAUUGUCAUCGCAUAUGGACAAUUAGCAAAGACCGAGCAAGCCCUUUCCUUAUAAUAGUGAGCAUAGUCAUUGUCGCAAGUUUAGGCGAGUCUGUCACCUGGAAACACUGUACGCUUGAUCGUUGAAAAUCUCUUCAGGCGUUAGCAUAUGUGAGAGUUUGAUAGUACUUCCAUUGUUGGCUCAUCAUUUAACCUACUGACAGCCCUCGUUGGUAUGAUGCGAG